UAGAGCGUUCAGUCUCCGUUCAUGUUCCGUCGGCCAUGUUCCUUUAAAAUCUCCAUUUCUGAAAAUGAAUAAAUGAACUGACUUUAAUAGCUGCAAAGUAUUUAUUGUGUUGAAUGUGUGCCGUAUAUAAAAUGAAUAAAAUUUAGACCUACCAUUUCUACAAAUCAAACGGAAUCGUAUAUAAAAACAAACCACUGUAAAAAGGGCACACCACUCUGAAUACAAGCUUGUCGUAAAUAAUGGGGGACCGUGACAUCCCGAGCGUACCCGUCACAACGUUAGCGGGUCUAACCAGCACUUCUGAUUUGCUCAGCGAGUUACCUGUAUCCGAUUCACUCCUGAGUGCGGCCUCAUUGAAUAAGUCACUAUUGUUCCAUGCUUUAGUAGCCAGUGAAUCUGAUAAUUUGCUUUCUGUUCGAGAUGGAGCUCUCGUACGUCAGUUAGUAAAUGCGAUUGAACAAACAAAUUCUGACAAUAUCGAGUUAAAACCAGAGUAUACCUUUGAACAACAUGGAACUAAUAUAAGUACUUAUCCAGAGCUGCUGCAGGGCAUUUACAAUUUCCGCCCAACUGUUUUCAACACGCCAUUAAAGAUAAUGCGUUAUGACCAUAACAAUGCCAAGGAAUUAACCCCGAGCGAACACAUUGUGGGCCAAUUACAUUCCUCUCAGCAGGCGACAGCAUCAUCUACUGAUAUAUCACAAAAUAUGCAACAAGCGCAAACGUAUAUUGAGAAAUCUUCCAGUGUGGCUGCUACUGACGUGCUUCCAGAUGAGUAUUCCAUGAUUAGUUCCAGGACAAACAUGAAUGAAAUCAACAAACGAAUGGAGAAACCACCAAACCUAGAGGAAAAUGUUACACAAACAUUUUCAAAAAUUGAGGAAAUGGAUAUCGCUCAUAAAAUUGCAGAAACCAAGAACCCAAAUUCAUCUCUAUACUCAGCGCAGCAACAGUAUUUCAGUCAACUUAAAGUUCGAGAAUAUUCAUUAAAUUGCGAUAAUCUUAAACAAGUAGACAAUCAUCCAUCUUUUCAACGGAUGCCAGAUGAAUUAUUAUUUUUGGAAUCACCAAUUUACCAUUUACAACCUGCUAUGACAGAAUCCCAAGCUCCCACAACAUCGACCUCAAUGAUCCAAGGCAACUUCCAAAAUGUAUUAAAUAUACAACAACAACAGCGGAUUACGGAAUCAGCUGCACAUCAAAAAGAUCAAGCGACAUCUUUACUGCCAAACAAACAAAAUCAGUUACCGACGCUAACAACCAACGUGCCAGACUUACACUUAUUACCUGCAACUUCAACAUCGCUAAUAAGUAAUAAUAAUCGACCUGCCAUUAGCCAAGAACCUCAUCAAAACAAUAUUUCAGCUUCGACAGCUACUUCGACAUCGACGUCAUCGAGUGGCAAGUCCGAGGUUCGGGUAUGUAUAAAUCGUCUUAACGUUGAGGAUACUCGCUUGAUGCAGCAAAGUAUUAAAAAGUUUGUACAAAAGUCACCAGAAUUGGCUAGAAGUAUGGGGUUACUACAACAAUCAUCAGAACAACAGCCCAAUACAAGUUUGAAUGUUAUGCCUAUGACUGAGCUAGGAGUCGGUGAGACUACUACGGAAACUUUAAGCACAGAACUGGAUAUGUUUUCAACGAUUAAAGCAGAUGAGAAACGGUAUGCUUCAAAGCGAAAGAUGGCUGUUUCUAUUGGUGAUAUUCCCCCGGAACAAAUAUUCUCAAAACCCAAAGUGCGUCGCGUCGAACGAAUAAUAGCCAUUGCAAACUCAAAAGAUUUAAAGGAUGAAGUAACUCGAUCACAAACAUAUCAACAUUUUAUGAGAAAUAUGGAACAAAUUAUUGAGAUGUUGGACGAUACGGAGUCCCCAAAUUUUGAUUCAGAACACUUUGACGAAAAUAUUGAAUGCAUUUCCCCAAAACUUCUUAAUACGAUGAGCAAUGAUGUUGCAAAGUUGAAAGCUAAACAAGCCUUAGACUCCAUUCCGAAAAACAAGUUAACGCUUCUAAUAAAUUACGCUAUGCGUAACGUUUAUUUAGCCAGAAACUCUUUUGCUGGACCAGAGGACGAAGAUGAAAUUGUAGAUGAUGAAGUAAUAGACAAAAUUUUAAAUGCAAUGGAUGCUUGCCUACUUAUAUGCAAUAUAUAUUCGACCGUGAGCGAUCUUAAGUUUCUGCAAGAGGAUAACAUUUCACAUAUUAUAAAGUUUGCCCAAUUUCAACUGCGCGAAACAAUAUUUCCAUCUCAUGAUCCUGUGUAUACAGUUAAGAGUAUGAAGAAAAGUACUAAUCGCAAAAAAAUGAAGUCACAACAAGGACAUCAUCGAAACUUACAGCUUUUUUACUCGAAAACAGUUGAGCUCUUAAAGGUUUUUGUGGCACUUUUUGAUAAGUGUAUUUUUGUGGAUACCAUAGUUUUACCGUUGUCGACGCUUGCUAUAGAACCAUUCUUUGUAGACAAUAUUGAAACGUUGCAAUUUGUGUGCCUGGAACUGGUUACCACUAUAUUUCGGAAAGAAAGAUACGAUAAAAUAAGGAACAGUAUCUUAGGAGACAUAUUAUCUUCGAUUGAUCGUUUGCCUUCAUCGAAGAAAAACCUUCGUCCGUAUAAACUUACAAAUAAUGGCGGAAAUAUUCAAAUGGUUACAGCACUUGUGCUACAAUUAAUUCAAUGUGCUACAAUUUUACCAGACUCGCUUUGUGAUAAUGUAAAAACGACUGCUGCAUUUCAACUGAGUGUUGAUAAUGACGAUGAUCCUGCUAAGAAAAUAGUAAAGCCCAACAAAGAUAUUGUGGUUUUAAAAAAGUAUGAUGUAGCUGUCAGUAUUGGUGGCAAUUUCUUAACAACUUUUUUAAACAAGUGCAAGUCCCGAUCUAAUGAAACAGAUUUUCGACCACUCUUUGAAAACUUUAUCCAUGAUUUGCUGGCCACUGUGAACAAGCCCGAAUGGCCCGCAUCUGAAUUGUUGCUUUCACUACUGGGUACCAUGCUGGUUCGAUAUGUAUCUGAUAAGGGUAUAGAGCAGAGCAUUCGUUUAGUAUCCUUAGAUUACCUUGGCAUAGUAGCUGCUCGUCUCCGCAAAGACACAGUUGAGUCUCGAUGUAAAGUGAAUAUAAUUGAUUCAAUGAUUAAAUCAAUAAAAGUGGAGCAAGAAAAGGAGGGAGAUCUUUCAAACAGUAACGCAAAAAUUGAACUACACCCUGAGGAACAGCGAACGGAAUUUCUGCAAAAGAUUCUUCUUGAUUUUCUAGCUGUAAAUGCUCAAGAAGAAAACUUAAUUUGGGACUACGCACGACACUUUUAUUUGGCUCAAUGGUAUCGAGAUGUUAUUUAUCAAAGACGUCGAAUAAAGGAUGGAGAAAAAGGCUUCGCAUUGAGAAAAUCAAAAAGCCGAGACAAACGGAAAACAGGUGAAUACUUGGAUACAUCCGAUUCAGAAUCCGGCGAAGAUCAUUAUAAUGAAGAUACGAAAAAGAAUGGAAACCCGCCUAUUGAUUUGAUUGAUUAUGAACUUAAUCUGGAAAUUUUUAACGUGUUAGAGGAACGGAAACAAUAUUUAAUCAGUAAAAUAAAGCCAUAUUCGGUUUCUGGCGAGCAACAUCACACAUCACAACAGCAAAUUAAGACUUAUAUAGAUUAUAAUAAUGCACAGCUAAUAGCGCAAUAUUUAGCUACUAAACGGCCCUUUAGUCAGUCAUUUGAUGGAUGCUUGAAGAAAAUUAUUUUAGUCGUUAAUGAACCGUCCAUAGCAGUAAGGACCCGUGCAAUGAAAUGUCUCGCUAACAUUGUGGAAGUGGAUCCAUUGGUAUUGAAACGAAAAGAUAUGCAAAUGGGUGUUAACCAGAAAUUCUUAGACACUGCUAUCUCAGUACGCGAAGCGGCUGUAGAUUUGGUUGGGAAAUUCGUACUCAGCAAUCAAGAAUUAAUUGAUCAGUAUUACGAUAUGCUAUCGACUCGAAUAUUGGAUACUGGAGUCUCCGUAAGAAAAAGAGUUAUUAAAAUUUUGCGUGAUAUUUGUAUAGAAUAUCCAGACUUUGCGAAAAUUCCCGAAAUUUGUGUUAAGAUGAUUCGUCGCGUAAACGAUGAGGAAGGCAUCCAAAAGCUUGUGACCGAAGUGUUUAUGAAAAUGUGGUUCACACCGUGUAUAAAAAACGAUAAACACGGAAUACAAAGGAAAAUCAAUCAGAUUAUAGACGUGGUAAAUACAGCUCAUGAUACUGGAACUAUAUGGCUAGAAGGGCUGUUAAUGAGUAUUUUCAAACCUAAAGAUAUGUUAAAAAAUGACGGAAGUAUCCAAGAACCCGUAAAGAAAAAUACUGAGCCACCGCAAGAAAUUGUGCUAGCAUGUCAGCAAUUGGCGGAUGGGCUCAUAGACAGAUUGAUUGAAUUAGAGGACACGGAUAACGCGAGAAUGCUCGGCUGCAUAACCACACUUCAUUUGCUAGCAAAAGUGCGACCACAACUGUUGGUUCGGCAUGCAAUGACCAUUGAGCCUUAUCUUAAUAUUAAAUGUCAUUCAGCUACAGCUGCAAAAUUCAUAUGUGCUGUUGCAGAUAUUCUCGAAAAGGUGGUGCCUCUUGUUAAUAAUGCUAGCGAGUCUUUUUUGGCUUCUUUGGAAGAGCAUUUAAUGCUCUUGGUUGUAUCGAGAAACCAAGCAGAAGUAACCAGUUGCGUAUCCUGUUUGGGCGCACUCGUCAAUAAGAUAACAAAGAACUAUAAAUUGAUCCGCGAUUGUUUUCAAAAGUUUUAUCGCGUUCUUGAUGUUUCUCGGAAUCAAGUGCUUCAAAAAAACUGCAGUGCAGAUAAUAUUUACACACCAAGCUUUCGACGAAGCCUAUUUACGAUUGGAAUCUUAAUGCGGUACUUUGAUUUUAAGUCACCUAUUGCUUUAGGUGAAACAAAUGGUGGAGGCCUUCCGGUAUCGAUAUGCGAUGAUGUGUUUGAGUGUUUGAUGUUCUUUUGUCGUUGCUCAAAUCAAGAGAUUCGAAAGCAAUCUCUGAUAUCACUUGGAUCUUUUUGUGUUCUAAAUGAUGAUUACUUAACACGAUCUGAGCUAAAACAGUUUUACUGUGAUUUGUUAAACUCUACUGCAAGCGAUGGAGGUAUCAAAAUAAUAUGUAUGCGUAAUAUUUGGAUAUACUUAACAGAAUCAGAGAUGUUUAUGCACAAUAAGGAAAAAGAAUGGGAAAAACAAUCGAAGCAUGAAGACCUCAAGGAAAUGAAUGACGUUUCAUCUGGCAUGUCUAGUCGGAUCAUUCAGCUCUAUUUGGAAGAGAUCCUCAACUGUUUUCUCAAUCGGGAUGAUACAGUACGGCUGUGGGCUGUUAAGGUUGUGCACAUUGUACUGCGCCAGGGCUUAGUUCAUCCUGUUAGAAUGGUUCCAUAUCUAAUAUGCCUAAGUACCGAUCCAAAGAUAGAGUCGGCCCAUAGAGCUGAUGCCUUAUUGAAAGACAUCGAUAAAACCUAUUCCGGUUUCGUGAAUAUGAAAGUUCAAUUUGGAUUACAACUUUGCUUUAAGUUACAGCAAAUAUUGCAAAUAAAUAACCGGGGAAAACUGGAAAUAAUUCGAGGUUAUGCAAAACGAGGACCAGAAAAAGUGACUACUGCUUUAAAUGACUUUCUUUACACGUUACUUCGUUCUACAAAGCCACAAAGACGUGCACUGGUUCAGACUGUUACUAAACAGUUUGACGAUCAGAAAACAUCGCUACAGCAAAUGCUGUAUAUAGCCGAUAAUCUAGCAUACUUUCCGUAUGUCGUUCAAGAUGAGCCUUUAUAUCUAAUACAUCAAAUAGACUUGCUGAUAUCAAUGGCUGGAACACAUCUGCUUGCAACGUUUAAGGAACAUUUGAAUCCAAAUGAAAAAGAAGGAGAUGUAUUAGAGGAUGAAGAUGAUGUAGAAGAUCCUCAAGUGUUAUUUAAUCGUUUGCCGGAAGACAUGACUGAGAUAAAAAAAUGUAUAACAUCCGCCCAAGCGUGUAUGCUCCUUUUAAUACUGAAAGAUCAUUUAAAGGACAUGUAUGGCCUCACAGAUGGUAAAAUUUCAAGAUAUUCGCCUUCUGAACAAAAAAUGUAUGAAAAGGCGAUAACACGUAGAAGCGUCGUCGACUUCAACCCUAAAACAACAAUUGAUUUGAUUAAGAAACAGAAGUCAAACGAUCUUUCAGACUCAGAACCUGAUUGCUCUUCAAGACCUCUUACAGAUGAUGAAAAAUUAGACCUUGUCGUCAAGUACCUCGAUUUUAAGCAACUUAUGUUAAAGCUGGAUCCAGAGGACGGAGAUUCAGAAGGAGAUGAAAUGCGUGAAAAAUCAAACUUAAAUAACUCGUCUAUUUCUGAUGGUGUAGUCUACUUAAACUCUACAAAAGGUUCACAGCCAUCAAAUAAUGACAGCAGCUUUUGUUCGACACCAAAUGUCAGUCACGUUCAAUCAUCAAUAACAGCUGCGACUUCAACAGAUGAAGGUACACCAAGGUCCCAAAUCGUGAAAUCAUCAAUUAUUCCUACAAAACCAAGUGCUCGUAAGCAAUGCAUAGCACGAACUAAACGAAAACGCCGCAAGAUAAUGUCGUCUGACGAUGAAGAUGUCAGUGAUGAGGAAUAUGCGUGAGCUUCAUCGUUUUUUGUUUUCCUGUAAAUGCUUUAUCAACUAAUAACAACUCGUUUUGGUAUACUUAAAUAUUACUCUAAAAUACAAAAUAUACUAUUUUCGUGGUCGUUGUGCACUAAACCUAUCAUAGACAAAAAAAACCCUAUAAUAAUACAUGUACAAAAAUCAAUAAAUGUUUCUUUAAAAAUUAAUGUAAUCAUUAAGCGAUUCAAAUAUUUAAUAGGGUUAAUUCAGCAUAAUUAACUAUUAUGCUUAAAUAUAUGUUCACAAUCUUAAACUAUAAGAUUUUAAUAAAUAUUUGCAAAUACAAAAAAAAAACAUAAUCUUUUAUUAGAGUUUGUUAACUAAAUUCCUUUUUCUUUAAAAAUUAAAUCUAAGUAUAAGUUUAAUUUAUUAAGAACAACAAUAUAAAUAGUUUUAUAAUAAGAUAUAGAAAAUAUAAAUAUGUAAAUUUCGUAAAAAUAAGAUUUUGUAAUCUUACUAAUAAACCAAGUACAACCAA